GUUCUCCUGGCUCUGCUGAUCAGACUGACCGCAUUUUGAGGAGGUGCGGAGGAUACGACCUGGAAUUUUAAUGGGAUCAGCGCUGUGGUUUCCCGUGGUGUCGGGUGGGGUUGGAACUCCCUUUGGGACUUUGAGGGCUAGCUGGGGUUCUACUGUCUAGAUCCAGCAGGCUUUACUUGCUCUGAGUCCACCUGAAAAGGACACUGUAAGUAUUUUGCUGAUUUGAUGCCGACAUGGGGAAGCAGUAGUUGGUCGCCUCGCACCUCUCGGACCAGGGUUCGCCUCUCUGCCAUAGCGCUGUCGGUGUGGAUUUUGCACGUUCUCCCCAUGUCCAUCAUGGGGUUCCCCCCAUCAGUUUAAAAACCAUGCUGAGGUUAAUUGGUCUUACCGAAUUGCCCAUAGAUGUGCAUGUGAGAAUGAAUGACAAGUAAGUGGGCCCAGUGAUAGGUUGGCGCCCCAUCCUGGGUUGUUCUCUGCCUUGUUCCCAUAGCUUCUGGGAUAGACAGGCAGACCGUACAGAAAAUGGAUGGAUUCUGAUUAGAUGUGAAUUUACUGAGUACAAAUCACAGGCGAGAUUGUUUGUCUCACAGUCCAAUCGGCAAACUCAUGGCCAGAGUGUUAAGGCGGCGUUUGCUAAUUGUGGUUUUCUGACCGCAGGGCGCUCGAUCUUGUGCAGUGGUACAGUAAACCAUCCCUCAAGUGACCCCCGUGUGACACUUCAGGGGGAUACCUGGCCCCAAGGUGCCGACCUGCCACGUGGCGUUUGUCGUGCCAGAUCUCCGAAGCUGUUCUCCGUAAGGCGAUAAAGCCCGUCAGGAGCCGUCUGGUUGCCCUUCAGACCUUGACAGGCUCCUGUGCCUGAAACCACAGGUUGUCAGGCUCCGUGUGGAAUUAUGUGAUGACCCACGCGAGGCAAAAAGAUUCCCUGAGCCAGUACCAGAGUGAAGCCCGGGACCAGGUGGGGGGUGGGCCGCAUGGUGAGACAAUGGGCGGAGCCUGGCCAGAGUGCCCUGUGCGAGGCAGCAGGACCAAGCAGGGUGCGGCCAAGAGAGGCGGGGCUAAGGAAGUCAAGGAUCAGAGUGUAGACAAAGACAGGAAACUGUACCCGCUCAGGGGCAGGAUGGGUAUGCCUGAGGUGGGCACCCGGAACUGCCACGUGCUGCUCACCCGCCUGGAAUCUGGAGGUGCAGUGCAGAGUGACGAGGAGCAGGAGGUGGAUCACAUGACUCCGCCAGGCAGUGCGGAGGAGCGGGGGUGCCGGCCCGGCCAGCGGAGGAUGGGGCAUCAGGGCUGUGGCAAAAGCUCUGGGCGAGCCCCACCCUCGGCACCAGAGUCCAAAGCCAAGGCGGAGGAAUCGGACCACAGCCCCCCACCCCCCGAGCCCCGAAAGCGCAGGGUGGCCUCGCUGAACGCAGAGGCGGUCAACAGUCUGCUCCUGGAGGAUCCACAGCAGGCUGCCCGCAACGCUAAAAAGCAGCAGCAGCAGCAGCAGGGCCAGCGGCACGGCGGGGAAAGCGGGGCCCCCUGCGAGCCGGCGAGGGACGAGGGGGCCCCCCGCAAGGGCCAGGACAGCCACAGGGGCCCCCAGAAAGCUGAGCGUAGCGGGAGCCCCAAGCCGGCCAAGAAGGCCAGAGUGGACGGUGACGGUCCGGCGGGGCUCAGCCUGGACGAGCCGGCGCCCAGGCGUCUGGCGGGGCUCAACGCCGCUGCCCUGCUGAAACUGACAAGCACCUCUGCGGGCGGCAAGCGGAGGCUAAAGGCCGACUGCAGGGAGGCAUGCAGGGGCGCCCGGGGCAAGCCGCUCCACCCUAAAUCGCGUAAGCAGCGGCCCCGGCCGCAUGUGCACCCACAGCCAGCGCUGCCGGGGGGAGGAUGCGCGCUGUGCAGCCGCGAGGUCCUACAGCCUGAGGCGGAGUGGGCGGGGACCGCAGUGGGCGGCGGCUUCCCCAAACCGGGCUACCAGUGCCGGACAGUGCUCGGCUACCCCAUGAAGGCCGUCAAGGAGGAGCAGACGGAGACGGAGGUGAUCCCAUACUACUGCUGCACCCAGGAGAAGAUCAUGGACUACCACAGACUGGCCCUCUUCCUGGGCCCGCAGGCUUAUGGUGAACCUGAGGAGCGCUCCGCCUCUUCCGUCAAGCAGGAGUUCCGCCCCCGGCACCACCCCCUGGCGCACACGGCCUAUGCGGCCGACGGCCAUUCCUACCCCUGCCUCUCCUGCUUCUACGUCCACAUCCCGCAUCAGGGGGCCUCGCUCACCCCCAUUAGCACUAGCCCCAUCCCAUACCCGGCCCCCACAAUGCCGCCCCUCAAGCUGUGCCCCAGCGGGGUGCCCAGCCCCCACCCCUCAGGAAUCCCCCACCCAGCCUUCUGCGGCUCCGUCGCAUCGCCCUGCUUCGGCGAGGCCUGCGGGGUCGGCGGCUACGCCUACAGGGCAGUUCAGCCUCUUGCCAGUAGGAGGUGCUCCUACAGCUCUAGUUGCUCAGGGUGCGCCCACAAAAUAAAAACAGAGGACUGCUCUUCCCUGGGGGAGCACAGCCCCACCAUCCCUGUGUCGCCGGCCCCGCCCCUUUCCGGCUGCCCUGUUCCCAGCGUGCCUCCGGCCGCCCAAUCGGUUCCGCACCUGCAGACUCUGCUGUCGGACCCCAGCCAGCCGCAGGUGCAGCUCCGGGUGGCUCGGGAGUGUCCCCAGAGCGCCAAGGCCCCCAGCGGGUCGCGGUCCGGCGUCCGCAGCUCUGCCAGCUGCCCCCACGUCACCGACAGCCAGCUGGCCCCGAGCCGCGCCGGCAGCGCCGGCAAGCAGCAGAGGGUGACGAGACGCCGGGCCACAAACGGCUGGCUGCCGGUGGGGACGCCCACCGAAAAGGAGGUCUUCAUCGUGGGGGAGCACCUGACAGCCCUCCGACGCUGUUACGAGGGUGUCCAGCGGGACGGGGAGGUGAUCCGGGUCCGAGACACCGUGCUGCUGCGUUCUGGGCCCAGGAAGAAAUCCCUGCCCUAUGUUGCCAAGAUCUCCGCCCUCUGGGAGCACCCCGAGACUGGGGAAAUGAUGAUGAGUCUGUUCUGGUACUACCGGCCUGAACACACGCAGGGCGGGCGGAAUCCCAGCAUGCACUGUGAGAAUGAGAUUUUUGCCUCCCGGCAUCAGGAUGAAAACAGCGUGGCCUGCAUUGAAGACAAGUGCUACGUUCUGACGUUAGCGCAGUACUGUAGAUUUUGUGCCUUGGUGAAGCGCCGUGGGGAGGGUCUCCCCGAGAGUGCCCCCAUGGUGCCGCCCUCGCCCGAGUAUGCCAUCCCUGCCCACUGCCGCGUGCCCGCCGACAUCGACCCUGACCUGGUGUUCCUCUGUCGCCACGUCUACGACUUUCGCUACGGCCGCAUCCUGAAGAACCUGCAGUAGCGGAUGGCGCCACCCACAGGAAGCAAAAGGAAUUGCACACCGUGGGAGGGGCCCCGGCGGACAUGAACCAAUCAGAUUUUGUUUUUGUUUUUUUGUUUUUUUCCUUUAACAAAAUGAGCCAGCAGGCAGGUGCCAAAACGGGUGGAGGUUGUGCGUGUGGGUGAGCGUGUGUAGGGAGUGGGCUCAGCCAUUUUUAAUGAGUGUUUUUUUUGGGGUCAUGGGAGCAUGUCUACCCCCAUAUCCCGUGGGCACUUUUCUGCCAUUAGACUUGUCCGCACUUGAAGUUUCUCUGUGGCUGGGAGAUUGAUGAUUGGCCCCAUGAUGCAGUUUUUAUGAAGGGGGGGGUGGCCUGGGCAAAGCUUUUCAAUGAACAACGUAUCACUGAAGUGUAGGCAGGAGAAAUUACCAUAUGGAUGGGGGGGGCGGGGGAUACACGCUCACACACUCACACGUACACACUGGCUGAUGUCUGCUGCCGUUUUGCUUGUUUCCCAGGACGAAGGUGCCCAUUAAUGAAUUUGCAUACUUACAUUGUUAGUGUGUGUCUUGUGUGCUGGCAAGAAUAGCUGUUCUAGGAUCAGGAUUUCAAGGUGCAAUAUGAUGACUUUCGAUCAAAGUGGAGAGUCCCCCCCCCCCCCACCAGUUUGUGAAAUGCACCUUGGCUAGUGGAGGCUGAACAGUACAAGCCUUUUCCACCCAUUUCUAAGUUGAAUCUUUUUUGACGGGAAAUGUUAUUUAUGUUUAAUAAGUCAUUAAGGAUUUUAAAAGUCUAAGUUUGUUUCUUUUUAAGAGAAAGGACAUCUCCUGAAUCCUCAGUUUUCAGUAGACAUUUGCUAUUUAAUCCAAGUUUUGGUCAUUGUUGAUUCAGUGUCUGCUUUGUGGUAGUUAGGAGCCAAGUUAAAGGAUGUGACCAGAAACUAGAAUGGGAGGGCCAGGAAUAGUAGGGCGCACUGGGCAGCCCCCAGUCCCCACAAGAGAAAUUUGGCCUGCCCCCUAAGAAACCCCACCCCCUUGUUAAUUGACCAAUGAGAGGGAGGCGUGAACGCCUGCCCCGUCAGUACCCAUGAUUUGCCUUAGGCCUCGCAGGUAGAGUUAGGCUGAAUUCUUCCUCCUCCCACCCCCAGCUCUGCCUUUAGAUCAAACCAAAGGAUGUCACUAAGUAGAAUGCCAGACCUGACCCCCGUGCAACACGCGUGUGCACACUCACACGGACAGGCACGCGUACACACACACUCGCACAAAGGGACAUGCACGCACGCUCACACACGCACACAAAGACACGCGUACACACACAGAGGGGCACGCGUGCACGCGCACACACUCACCACUGUCUACCACCACUACCCUUCCUUUCCAUUGUUAGUUUGCACUAAUUAAUUUUUCUUAGAAGUUUUAUUGAUUGUGUUCUAGGCUUCAUCCUCUACUAAUAUAAUAUGGAAUAAAAUACUAUGUAUUUAUGUUUGUGUACCUAUAGAAGAGAAGGAUGCCAAGUGUGGGUAGGGAGACGGGCGCAGCGCUGGUGGACACACACGCGCACAGUGACGUCGGCACGCGUAGCAUCGCCUCAUACAGCCAGAGCUCUCUAGCUCUGCCCUCUCCGAGCAUGUGGAUCGCUCCAUUUCUGUGAAACCUGCUGCACUUUAUAUAGCAGGUCUUCUGAAUAACGUUGUUUUUUUGCCUCCCUCGCCAUCAUUUGUCUUUUGUUAGCUUCUGCUUUUUAGUGCAUUUUCCAUUUCGUUAAUCCUCCAAAACGAAUCUGAGACAGUCAUUCCUUAACUGCAGCUGCAGUUCUCUCUCUCUCUCUCUCUCUCUCUCUCUCUCUCUCUCUGUCUCUCUCUCGCUCUCUCUCCUCUUUCCUCGGGGAUAGAGUCCCAUCGGUGUCGUAUUUCAGCCUCCGAGAGAAACAGCUGUGUCUAAAGCCAUGUUUAUUAAGGGGUUAAUAGCACAAAUGGGCUGAUUUUUUUAAAAUUAUUUUUUUAAGCACUGAUCUUGCUAAUUUCAGGGUUUCCCCAAAUCUUUUGUGAUGCUCCGAAUGAGAGUUUUGAUACCUCCAAUUAAUCUCCCCCCAAUCCUGUGGUUCCGAGGGCUGUGGAGGCGCGGAGCUAAGUGUUUCAUUUUUUUGUUGCAGGAGUGUGUUUGGGUGUAUAAAAUGUAUCCAUGUUUUAAGGUAGAUUAUUUUUUUUUUUGGUCAUGAUACCAAGCUUGUUGUUACAUUUUAACUCAUGUAAUAGUACUGACUUUCUGUCACAAUGUGAAAUUGAAGUACCCAUGAACUUCCACUUUUUAGAAAUCGUCAUUAUUUGGACCUAUGGAACAUAAUUCAGCGGCGCCAUUUUGCAGUGUUUGACACGCUUCCCAGUGGCAUUGGGGGUGUGUGCAGUUUAACAUCCACUCACUUUUAUUGUGCUUUGGAACACACCUGCGGAACACCGGUGUGUUUAAGCACUCUGCAGCUGUAGGCAGGCACACAGCUUCCAGACCAAUAAAUAGUCGCUCGGUAGAAUUGAUAGACAAUCCUCCUUCGCGCCAAGGGAUCCUCUGUUCUCAUGCCCGUCGGCGUGUGGGGGGGCUGCGUAUCGUGUCCAGCAGCAUCCGGUGCAAUUCAGACAGAGUCACGGGGUCGGCGUGACGACGAAAGACCAGGAUUCGUUUUAUUACAGACAAAAUUGUAAUAAAAACACGCUGAGACCACUGCUGUCGUCCUAUCAGCUGCAUCCGGAUGUCUUGAGAGGAAACUCCAUUUCCUGUUUUUGUGAUGUAAAUUUUUAAAUAAAAAUUUAUAAAUGAAUCGCCCCUUCUCCCCCCCAUGUAGGGCCCUUAUUAAUACGACCGAGACGCAUCUCUCCCACAGACACUGGCAGAACAAUCCAGGCUAAUUACCGAGCAUGUCUGUUCUGGGACAAACGACAAGACGGCAGUGUUUGCUGGAAAAUUUGGCACUAAAACAGCAUAAAUAACAAGGUGUGGUCCAUACACACUUUGUAGUUUAUGUACAGAACUUUCAUUUUCAUACAAAACAGUUACGCUUUAUUAGCUUUGAAGCAUAUUAUCAUUUGAAGUUGAUUCAACAAAAUGGAUCCCUGGGCUUUUCUGACAGAUAUUUCUGUCUCCUGAUUUUUUUUUUUGUUUAUUUGUUUAGAUUAUGCAUUUUCUCACUUUUUAAAGAAGUUACCCAGCUAAUUUUGCACAAGCAAAUUUGCAGGUAAUGCAGUGAAAACAGUGCGGUCGUCAUGGAAGCAAUUGCACCAUUACAAUUUGUUUUAAUUACGUAAAAGCCUGACUAGGUUUAACUGACGUGAUUAUGUGCGUUUUUAAAUAUAACGCAGACGUGUGCAACAUUCUCCUGCCUCCCUCGUUUUUCCAUGUCUUUCUGCCCAUACACUUGGCAUUUCUCGUUACAGAACCGCAGGUCCGAAACGCCAUUCCCCCUCAUACAUUUAAACCACGACCCCUGAGCCCGUCGGGCCCGAUUCCCAUGUGCCGUGCGACGCGUUCCGUGUGCCGUGGGUCAUGCUCAUAUAAUCACAAUUAGUCCUAUGAGUUAGCAGUUGUGAAGGUUUUUUAUUUUUAAUGUACCUACAUUUUCCCCCUUAAUGAGAUCUGAACAGCUUGAUACCAAUUGUGAGCUUAAACUGGUCUGAAAUGAAAUACCAAAAAACGGAAGAAAUGGUAGAAAAUAAAUUGACCCUAAAUGUGUACAGGACACACUUUUAAUUCCAAGUUUGUCUGAAAUGAAAUGUGUGUGUGUAUAUAUAUAUAAUCUCAACUCCUGAGCAUGGAAGUACAGGGCAUUCUUGGAAACAAUAGACAGUUAUAGCACAGCACAUUUGUAUUAUUUAAAACAGACCUGUGUAUUAUAAAAAAAUCUUUAAAUGGAAUAAAUAAUAUAUGAGUUUGAAUUAAA